AUGUUCUCGCACGCCUCGCUCAGGGCGCUCUCGAUCGCCAUCCUGUGCGCCGUUCUGCUGGCUCAGGAGAGCUCCGCAUCACUGCAGAAGCGCCACCGCGUCCGCUCGCAUUCGUCGCUGGCCAAGCGCGUCGCCUCGCCCGAUCCCGCACCCAGCUGGUUCUCCAACUCCUGGAGCACCUCUAGCCAGAGCAACACCCUCAACGGAGACACGACGGGUGGCGGCCAUUUCACCUCGAACAAGAAGUCGUCGGACCAGCCCGAUGGCAACAGCUUCUUCAAGUCCUGGAGCUUUGGCUCCCCCGGCGGCGACGACAACAGUGGCUUGAGCCAGAUGUUUGGCCAGCUCUACGGAGGAAAGAAGCAGGGCGGUUCCGAUGCGCCACAGCAGACCCAGCCGCAGGAGGAGCAGGAGCAAGACAAGACCGCCACGCCCAUCAAUGACAACAAGCACAAGACGAUGCAGGGCGAGCAGCCCGCCGGACAGCAGGCCAACUCGGGCAGCACGGCUGGCCAGGGCGCCGACGGCGCUGCUGCUGGCGAUAAAGGCGGCAGCAACGACAACGGAGGCAGCACAGGGUCCAACACCUCGACCAGCACUUCGACGUCGAGCCACAGCCACUCGCACUCGUCGUCGUCGGCGUCGCACUCGUCGUCCUACUCGUUCAGCUCGAGCAGCUGGUACGAGGUGACGAGCAACCAGGAGCUCCACGCCCCCUUCCAGCCCUACUCGAAGGUCACCUGGACCGCCGGCAGCCAGCAGUCGGGCGCCGUCAGCGUCGAUGGCUUCUCGAUCCAACGACCCGCGCCCGCCGCCACGUGCAACCAGAGGUUCCCCUACCACGGCCAGGCCGACGACAGCGACAACGGCAAGGACCAAAAGUACCUCGAGGCCUACACCGGCCAGCUCGACGCGGUGCACCAGAUGGCGCUCGACAUGCACAACAAGGAGCGCCAGAGGUACGGCUUCCCCAAGCUCGCCUGGAACUCGGAGCUGGCCGACUUCGCCGCGUGCUGGGCCGACCUUAAGCCCUACGGCCACUCGGAGCGCCUCUUCAUCGCCAACGGCGAAAACAUCGGCGAAGGCUACGGCGCCGGCUGCUACGACAAGCCCGAGGACGCCAUGGCCUCGGUCAUCAACGGCUUCCUCGACGAGGACCGCAGCUUUGCCCAGUCCGGCUCCAUCGGCACCGACACGGGCCACUAUACCCAGAUUAUGUGGAAGUCGACGCAGACCAUGGGCUGCGCCCUCGCAGCGCGGGCUGGCGGCUUCAUGGGCAACGGCGGCACCGACUCCUUCUACGUCACCUGCACCUACUACCCUGGCGGCAACAUCCUGAGCCGCGUCGAGAUCCAGCGCAACCUGCCGCAGCAGGUCAAACCCCCGGCCCAGCUGCGCUCGUCGUGCUCGGCCAACAUCGUCCACACCCGCAAGUAG